GGAGCUUCAUUCCCCCUAGUGCUGCAGCUGGCACCUACCUGUGCGGCUGGCAUGUCCUCGCUCCUCGGUGCUGCCUCGGUGGCCCUGAUGCAAUAAGGGACUGCCCCCGUGUCUCAGCGGCAGGGCUGGCUGAGGUCCCACCGUGCCCCUGCCAUCCUGGGCAGCUGCCAUCCUGUUCACUGCCACACUGCCAGGGCACUGGGAGGAUUCACAGAGCUGGUGGCCGUGCAGCCAAGGAAUGCAGACAGCUCGACACAUGAUGGUGCAGAUAAUUCAAAUUAAAUUUUAAUCUAGCAUGAAUUAAUACUGUGGCAUUAACAUUUCUUCAUCAGUACCAAUUACAGUACAUUAGCAGCUACUGCUGGAGAAGACAAUAGUCUCUAAUAUGCGUCAUUAAUGUGUAACAGAUCCCUCUGGGUCAUGCCUUACCCGCCCUAGAUAAAAGCAGCAAUGGAGGCAGGCAGGGGGUUGCAGUCAGUGCACCCCUUUGGGGCUGGCUCUUACUCUGGGGCUACCGUGGUCCCAGUGGCACUGCCAUCCUGUGGCACUGCAGCCAGAGUUGGCAGUGGCCUCUCCAGCCUCACCUGGGGUCAGGUUUAGCAUUGCCACCUGCAGAGCCUCUCUCCCAGCUGAGCAGUGUCCUCAUCCACAGAGGCCAAAGGCUCCAUCACGGCUCUCAAACAUCUGGAAGAUGGCAAUCGUGGUCUGCAGGUAGGCUUGAGCCCAAAGUCCUUCUUUGUUCCCUUUCUCUUAAUGUAGCAGCCCAGCAGACUCGGUGGGUGGGAGGGAGGAGAGAUGAGGCAACACUGAUGUGGGGUACAGCAGCCUGGAGUGAGUCCACACUGGGCCAUGGCAUCACCCCAUCCAUUUGCCACCACAGCUCUGUUUGCUGUGGUUCCUUUCCCCAAGGCCAAGAGCUGGUGAUUCAUCUGUCUGUGCCAUGCAGACAUGGCAAUCAUAGACAAACCCAAUGCUGGGGAAAAAAGGGACUUUAGUUUCUAAUGGUAUGGUAAGAGAGAUGAAGAAGAUAGAUGGGAUGGAACUGAGGUGAGAUAUGAGAUGCAACAGUGGUCUUGCCCACAGUGACUUGGUGUCCAUCAGGGACUGGCUAUGGCUCUGGGCUUGUACCGAGAGCCGGGUUGCAGCCUGGGGAAGGGGUCACAUCUUGCAUCCUUGCUGGGAGCAGCAUGUGGAGGUGAGUCAUAUGGGAAUGGGCACGGGCACAGGUCCCUCUGUGUGUCCCCAGGAGCAGCUCACAGAUGGUGGUGGUAGGUGCCCAGUGCCUGUGGAGUGGUGAUGGGCCCCUCAGAGCUGGCAUAAGGGAUGGUGACAGGCUCUGUGCUGUCUUCUCUCCAGGCAGCAUCUGCAGGGCAAGAUGGCACGGUGGGCACUGGCACUGGCACUCUGCCUGUCCCUGUCUGCGGUGGCUUCUGCCGACUGUGUCACCCAGUGCUCCCUCUGUGCAGCCCAGACCCGCGGUGCCGAGAGCAGCAUCCAGCCCCUGAUGUGCCUGUGGGAGUGCCAGGGCUCCUUGUCACCCGGGCCCGAGUGGGAGAUGUGCAGGAAGGCGCUGGCGCUGCUGGCCCCGCUGGUGGCCCUGGCCGAAGGGACAGACCCGGCCCCGCGGGAGGCGGAGGAGGAUGAGGAUGAGCCGGAGCAGGGUCUGCGCCCCGCAGAGCUGCCGCUGGCGCCGGCCAAGCGCUACGGGGGCUUCAUGAAGAUGAUGUCCAAGGCGAAGCUGCUGUCCCUGCUCCGCGAGAACGCUCACAGCAAAGGCGGCCUCAGCAAGAAGUUCGGGGGCUUCAGCCGCAAGCCGGGGGAGCGAGCGGCCCCCGAGGACUACCCGGGGCCGGCAGGGGACGGGGACGAGGAGCCCGCGGGGGCCGGGGCCGAGGGGCAGGAGCUGCACAAGCGCUACGGGGGCUUCAUGCGGCGCAUCCGCCCCAAGCUCAAGUGGGACAAUCAGAAGCGCUACGGGGGCUUCCUGCGGAGGCAGUUCAAGGUGAUCACACGCUCGGACGAGGACCCCAGCGCCUACUCAGGGGAGGUGUCAGACCUAUAGAGCCAGGUGUGGGACAGUAGCAGCACGGUCCCCACAUUGCCACCCCGACUGUGCCAUCGCCCCUGCCCUGUCCCUGCCCAGCCCGGUGUGGCUGGUGUCACCCUUGCCUCAUUCCCCUCGGGGACAGUGAGUUCCAUCCCAGUUGUCCCUCCCUGGUUCACCUGCCCAUCCUGUGCACGGAGGGGGCAGUGCCACUCCUCCAGCUGCUGGCGGUGUGGCUGUGGCCCAGCCCAGGGUUCCCGGGGGUGUAUUGCUGGGGACACAUAUCCUCCAUCCUCCCGUGGCUGCCAGAGCACAGCAGGGCCUGGAAACCAUCACAGCUGAGGUACAGGGCAGUGGGCUUCGAGCACCAGGAAGGAUGAGCCAGGGCAGGAUCAGGGAAGUGGCUGCCGUGGCCAUGGGCAGAGGUGGCUGGUGGAACCACAGCACCAUCACCAGGUGCUCAAGCGGUGCUGAGCCCAGCCCCUCUCCCCUCCCCAGCCUCUCACAGUGUCCCACUAAUCCCAGCACCCACCUGGUGCCCCUGGGCUCCCCCUCCAAGAACAACUCCAGAGGCAGGUCAGCCCCAUGCCCCAACACCCAACUCCCCACCGCAGUCAAUAAAAGGCAGAUGCCAACGAAGCUGAAGCCAUGCUGGGUGAUGAGCCUCCUCUAUAGGGCAGAGCAAGCUCCC